AUGUCCGACCCUGUCGCUGAGGUCACCGAGGGCACUGUCAAGCUCGUGCUUGACGAGGUGACGGGGGAGCAGGUCACGCGCAACGAGUUGAAGAAGCGCACUCAGAAGCGAGCCAAGAAGGCUGCUGCCCAGGCCUCGCGAGAGGAGAAAGCGAAAAACCAGGAGGCUAACCCUAAGCUUGCUGCGCCUAAGCCCAAGGUCCAGGAACCUACCCAGCUCGACCCCGAUGCUAUGUUCAAGCAGGGCUUUCUCGCCGAAGUCUACAAGGAGCGACCUGUGAAGCCUGUAGUUACUCGAUUCCCUCCCGAGCCGAACGGAUAUCUUCAUCUGGGUCAUGCCAAGGCUAUCGCCAUUGACUUUGGCUUUGCUCGCUAUCAUGGUGGCAAGACGGAAAGAUUCGACGACACGAACCCCGAUGAAGAGGAGGAAGUUUACUUCGAAUGGAUCCUGAAGAUUAUCAGAUGGCUUGGCUUUGAGCCCAGUGCCAUCACCCACUCAAGUGACAACUUCCAGAAGCUCUUCGAUCUCGCCAAGGAGCUCAUCAAGAAGGAGAAGGCCUAUGUCUGCCAUUGUAACGAGGCCGAGAUUAAGCUCCAGCGCGGUGGAAAGGAAGGAAAGGAGGGACCCCGUUAUCGAUGCAAGCACGCCGAGCAGGAUGUUGAGACGAACCUCCAGAAGUUUCAGGACAUGCACGAUGGCAAAUACGAGCCCCAGACCGCUUUCCUCCGCAUGAAGCAGGACAUCACAAGCGGAAACCCCCAGAUGUGGGAUCUUGCAGCCUACAGAAUACCCAAGAAGCAGAAGCCUCACCACCGAGCUCCCGAGUGGAAGAUCUUCCCUACCUACGAUUUUACACACUGCCUUUGCGAUAGCUUCGAGGGUAUCACUCACAGCCUGUGCACGACCGAGUUCAUUCUGUCCCGUGAAAGCUACGAGUGGUUGAACAAGUCCCUCGAGGUCUACGAACCUAUGCAGAGAGAGUUUGGCCGACUUAAUGUUAGUGGAACCAUUAUGAGCAAGCGAGCUCUCAAGAAGCUGGUUGAGGGUGGCAUUGUCCGUGGCUGGGACGACCCUCGACUCUAUACACUAAUUGCCAUCAAGCGCAGAGGUAUUCCUCCUGGUGCUCUUUUGGCCUUCAUCAACGAGCUUGGUGUUACAACAGCCAAGACAAUCAUCCAGAUUGCUCGGUUCGAGCAGACCGUUCGCCGAUACCUCGAGAACACAGUACCAAGACUGAUGCUGGUUCUGGAUCCUGUCCCCAUCGUCAUUGAGGAUUUGGAAGAGACCCAGGAGCUCGAGGUUCCCUACUCACCCAAGGACCCCAAGUUCGGUACACACAAGGUCCGCCUUACCAAGACCGUUUACAUCGACCGCUCCGAUUUCCGAGAGGAGGACAUCAAGGGCUACUUCCGACUUGCCCCUGGAAAGACUGUUGGUCUUCUCAACGCUCCUCACCCUAUCAAGGCCACUUCAUUCGAGAAGGACGAGUCAGGCAAGGUCACCAAUAUUAAGGCUGUGUUCGACAAGGAGAGCAAGCCCAAGACUUACAUCCAGUGGGUGCCUGAGGGCUCCAUCAAGCUAGAAGCCCGAGUGCAUAGCGCUCUGUUCAAGUCUGAUGACCCCACAGCCGUUGAGGGCGGCUUCUUGAACGACGUCAACCCCAACAGCGAGGUUGUCUAUCCUGAGGCCCUGGUUGAGGAAGGCUUCAAAGAGGUUCGCGAGAGAGCUCCCUGGCCUGUCACUGCUGGCGAGACGAGCGAGGCUAGCGGCCCCGAAAGCGUUCGAUUCCAGGCCAUGCGUGUUGCCUAUUUUGCUAUGGACUCGGAUAGCACAGAUGACAAGAUCGUGCUCAACCGCAUUGUUUCAUUGAAGGAGGAUCGCGAAAAGAACUAG